AGAUAUUACAAAUACUUUCUAACUAAUACUGUAUGUGCAUUAUUUUUCAAGAUCUUUGACGAAUAACCCUAUACGAGUUUUUGAUGACAACUUUUUUGAAAGUUCUUCACUUCAAUUCCUCUUUGCCGAAAACACAAACAUCAGUGAGUUCCACUUUAUAUCAAGGACCGCCAUAUCUUCACGGAAGACGCAAAUCUACUUGGUCCCAUCCAGUUCCCAUUCAUCUUUUCAAAUCAAAAGAACGAAUAAUACCCAGUUUCUAAAACGCUUACUCGGAUUCAGUGGUAUCAAUUGUAAAGAAGAUGGAUAUUGCACCCAUUGUCCAAUAGGUGCUUUCACAAUAGUACCUGGUUUGUAUUCAAUGAACUCAAGGUGCUACAACUGUCCUGCAGGUGGAUUCUUUCAGGAUAACAUCGGUCACGUGUUAACGACGUUUGACGUUUUUAAAGGCUGUAAGACUUGUCCACCCGGAACAUAUGUCAGCAUUGAAAAUGCACCAGGAAAGAGCAGUUUAGAUUGUAAAAAAUGUCCUUCAGGAACAAAAUUCAGUGACUUUGCAGGAUUCAGAGCUUGUAAGUGCCUUCCUGGAUUUUAUCGAACCGAUCGUUUCGGCCCUUGUGAGAAGUGUCCAACAGAUGGCGUUGUCUGCAGAAAUGAGUUGAUUUUCCUAAAACCUGGAUUCUACUGGGCCUGGGACUCAAAUCCUCGUAAGGAGGCUUUCCGCAAACUUGCCAGAAAUCUCGAGAUCGAAGAUGACACAUAUGAUAUCAAUAAUACAAAGUAUAUUGGACGACUACCACCUGCGUAUUCUUGUCCUGUACGAGAAGCUUGUACAGGGUCGAUCUUCUCUGAAUGUUCUGAAGGCUACACUGGGGUCCUUUGUAGUGUUUGCGUUGAAGGUUUUCAUAAAAGUGCUAGCUUAGGAUGUAGGAAGUGUUCCAUUGGGUGGAUUUCACUACAAGCUGUGAUCAUCCUAUUCUUCAUAAUUUCGUUUGCGACUUUAGUGAGAAAGAAGAAAAGAAGAGAUAAGAGUGGUCGUUCCAUCUCAGAAAUAUUGAUGUCUCAAAUCAAGAUUACUAUAGGUUUUUAUCAAGUCAGUUUAGGAAUGAUACAGAGCUUUUCGUUCAUAGAUUGGCCAGAGAAUUUGAACAAAUAUGUUGAAUAUGCAAAUAUCUUGCAACUGAACUUGUUUCAAGUCUUGCCUCUACACUGCCUCGUACCAAGAUUCACAUUCAAUCCUUUUUACAAAAUGGUUAUGAUGAUAUUAGGAAAUGUGUUUGUGAUUAUUGUAGCCACUAUCAUCUAUUACUUUCGUAAAUCUCGCAUUAACAAGAAGGACUUACCCGAUGAACAAAAGACAGCUGCUAUUUCAUCUGCCAAAGAAACAAACUAUCGCUUUAUCAUCUUCUUCUUAUUUCUUACAUUCCCAUCAACAUGUACCAGCAUUAUCACUGUGAUGCCAGCAGCGUGUCAUGAAAUUUGCUCUGAACAAAGCUGUAGGUGGUACCUGAAGGCGGACUACGGACUGAAGUGUUUCGACAGCUACUAUUACAAUAAUUACAUUCAGAUUACUUUGGAAGUGCAACACCAAAACAAAGCUCAAAGACGAUCAAGUUCUUUCCCAAAAGAAUGA